AUUACACACCUCAGUGCUUCGACGUCAUCAACCAUCCGAACGCCAUACAAUAGACAAAACCAAAUGCCCUAUACAAGACCAAUUGGGCCAACACGCUUCCGGUAAAACCUUUUGCUCCAACAUUAGCAAACCCAGCCGACGAAAGCGAAUAGUGGCUGCCAAAGUAUCCUUCGCAUGGCAACUGGGAAGCCAGGGAUGGCGAGCAAUACCAUCACCGAGAGCACGCCCCUCAUUCCAACGCCGGCGUCCCCUUCCCCGGAAUCAGCCCGUCCGCUGAGACCCCCGAGGAAUGUCACGUUCAAUCCUAACCCGGUGACAAAGACGAUAGAGCCUGAGGCCGUCUACCGGCACUCACGGCCGAGCCAGUCCACCGCCCCUUUGAGUCCCUCGGCCAUCAGUACCGGCGGCUUGGGCGGCGGACCUCCCAUGCUGUCCGCCCUGAACAACAAACUACGCCGACGGAAUAGCCAUGGCGGCGCGCCAGCCGCAAACUCGACGGUUGCCGCCCCUGGCACCACCCUUCCUCUCACCGCUGCUGCCGCGGGCUUGCCCAAGAUUGGCCCUCAGCGCAGCACCAAGAACGCCCAGAAGCUCAAACUCCUGCCGAACCCGGAGCUAGACGCUGCCGACGACGUCGAUGAAGAGAGCGGCCGGGAUGUCUACUCGCAAUACACUCGCAUCAAGGACCCGACCGCUCGCCGUGACGCCGCCCGCCUCGGCAAGGCUGACCGCGACAGGUUACCGCGCGUCACGGCCUACUGCACCGCCAACCGAUACCAGAUGGACGGCCUACUUCGCUUCCUGAAGGGGAGGGGGAAAGGGAGAGGGGCGAACCCCAAGUUGAUCGACGAGUGCAUCUACACGCCGUACAGCUACAGCUCCAAGCACAUGGGCAAUUCGCGGCAGGAGAGGCGCAUGGAGGUUCAAUCGCACCCGGAAAGACGGCACUCAACGGGGAGCGUUCCGGAUGAUCUCGAUGACCAGCUAAGACGCGGGGAGGACCUAAUUGAUAUUCAGUCUGAUGAUGCAAGUCAUGUUAUACCAGGGAACGCCACGCUCGAGCGGCAACAAAGCGCCGAUGAUGCCCUCGCUGAGCGGCUCAGCGCACAAGGGGACUCAUCGUCACACGGCGGGAUGGGUGACUUUGACAUUCUGGUACAUACGCCCGAGGUUUUCCUCUUCGACUACGGCGUGGUCGUGAUAUGGGGCAUGUCAGCGGCACAAGAGCAGCGUUUCCUGAAAGAGAUUGCCAAGUUCGAGGUGGAGAAGCUCGCGCCCGACGACGUCGAGACGGAGAAGUUCAACUUUUACUACACGCGCGAGUACCAGGCGAGGAUAUACAAUGACUUCAUCACGCUCCGCGACAAGAAUAAUUACAUGGUCAAGCUGGCCAUUUCGCACGCCCUAGCCCAGAGCGUCAAGACUUCCCUCUUUGAAGAGCUCAUAGCAUCCACCAUCGACACGUGCAAGGACAUACCCGCGCAGCUGGCGCUGACGGGCAAGAUUGCGCUGUCGAGGUCGCAGAUCAACAUGCAGAUCGGCGAGCUCUUCAUCCUCCGCAUCAGCAUCCACCUCAACGGCUCCGUGCUCGACACGCCCGAGCUGUUCUGGGUCGAGCCGCAGCUCGAGCCCGUCUACCAGGCCGUGCGGAGCUACCUCGAGAUGGACCAGCGCGUCGGCCUGCUGACGGAACGGCUCGACGUUAUUGCUGAUUUGCUUGCGGUGCUCAAGGACCAGCUGAGCCACGGCCAUGGGGAGAAAUUGGAGUGGAUUGUAAUUAUCCUUAUUGCAGCAGAGAUUGUGGUGGCCAUGGUGAAUAUCAUCGUCGACUUGUAUGUCGGCGUCGAUUGAGCUGAGGGUCGCCAUUCUGAACCUCCCAAGGUGUCAUACCCGGCGUUCUGCAUGGGGGGCGUGGUCGGCAGUCUCGCAUCAUUUGGAGUAUCACUUGCUCUGCGUUCGGCGUUACCAGAGACAUCUUUAGAUUAGGAGCCAUGGCUCUGCGAAUUGGGUGAGGUAUCUACCAACAUUACCUGCCAGGUGCGGGCACAGCAUGGGAAAGGAGACAAGGCCGGACGACUUC